GGGGACACAAGCUGGUCACCUGCAAGAUUGGUCGCCGGGGCCUGCCAGCAGCACGAGUGGAGCUGGAGGUGAGGAUCCUGACGACGCUGGGCCACCACAAGCACAUCCUGCAGCUCCUGGACUGGAACAUGGAGCAAGAGCCCUAUGUGCUGAUCCUGGAGCACGCCGGCCUUGGCACGCUGCGCACCUUCCUCCGCUCCCGCCAGGAGCAGCUGCGCAGCUGUGGGGACCUGCAGGCUCUGCUCACCAUGGUGGCUUACCACAUCUCCCUGGGCAUGAAGCACAUCGCUGACAAGCAGGUGCUGCAUCGGGACCUAGCACUUCGCAACAUCCUGGUCAGUGCAUUCCCGCAUGGGUGCAAGAUUGCUGAGUUCGGGCUGGCUAGGGAGCUGGGCCAUGAGGGCCCCCUCCGACACCCAAAGGUGGAGGUCCCCUUGCGCUGGUACCCCCCGGAGUACUUCCGAGAGAGCAUCUAUGGCCUGGCUGGGGAUGUCUGGGCCUUUGGGAUCGUGCUGUGGGAGAUGGAGAUGCUAGGCUGCUCCCCAUACCCGUACCUGGACAACUCUGAGGCAGUUAUGUUCCACGUGUGCUCGGGGUACCGGAUGAGCAGGCCACUUGGAUGCAGAGAGCAAAUUGCCAGGCUCAUGGAGCAGUGCUGGGCGGACGACCCCCGCGAGCGGCCGUGCUUCUCUGCUAUUGUCCAGGAGCUGGAGGACAUCGUGGAGGAGGAUGCGGACUACCUGCAGCUGGAGGACAGCGGCCACCCGCAGGGCCCUUCCGUGCUGCCAGCCUCUCUGAGCACAGCGUGGGGGCUGGUGGGCGACAGGGACGCCAGAGCCGGG